AUGGCCUUCAAACCAACUACCGUCAUCAAAUCCACGGCUGCAGGCAUAUUCACAAUUAUAGCAAUGGCUGCAUUCGCAUCUGCAUCCACUGGUUUAGCUCAAUCUCCUGAACAAGACCGCUACCUCAACCAAUGUCUUGGGAAGAUAUCUUCAAGGUGUGCAAUGUAUGCCACAGCCGAAAUGUAUCACCAUGGGCCGCUGAAACAAAACGGAUGUUGUCUAGAAAUUUAUCACAUGGGACAAAUUUGUCUUAACAUCGUGACAAGGCAUGUGAUAGAAUCCCUUGUUCCCAAACUUGAAGCUACUCAGAAACAAGGCCUUAUUGAGAAAGCCACACAGAUAUGGUAUCUUUGUGUCCCGGUUUAA